CUCACAUGUUACGAAAAAGGAAGCUCAUGCUUUGGUGAGUUAACUUGGUGCAUUUGAAAUAGGAGAUCAGCUGUUCCAUCAUGGCAGCAAUGUACAAGUCACUGCGUGGAGUGUCGGCAGCAAGAAAUACAUUAUGCUGCGUCAAACACAGAGUAACUGUCAUCCCAUGCUGCGGAGCCACAUUCUUUGAACAAGACAAGAAAGGUGGCUACAACACUAAAGAACCCAUGAAACUGACGGAUAUGCUAAAAGAGGGAUUCAAAAUUCUGAAACCGGAGUUUAAUAAAUUUAAGGAGGAGAUAGUGAUCAAGUUGCGAUGUGAUGGAUUUUACUCUCGUUAUCACCAAGACUUUGAGUAUUUUGAAAGGUUUAACUCCCAAGAGGCUUUAGAUUCUUGGGUUGUGACGAGUGACCAGGAUCUGCUGGAAGGAAAGAGUUCUGUUAACUUGUCACUCAGCAGACACAAUCACGCCUUGUUCUCGGGUAACAUUUGCACUGAAGUACCCAAGGACGGCAUUGUAAACAAAGCUGGAUAUUGCCACCUGAGGUCACCCAAAAAUAUGAAAUCUUUCCAACGAGAAGAGCCGUAUGACUGGACGAGGUACACCCACCUUGUUUUGAGGGUACGGGGAGAUGGACGUCCUUACCUGUUCACCAUUGGCAUCAGCACUUACUAUGAUGUCACCUGGCAUGACCAGUAUAACUUCACCUUGUACACCAGAGGUGGACCUUAUUGGCAAACCUCCAAGAUUCCUUUUUCGAAGUUCUUCAUGGCAUCUAAAGGACGAAUACAGGAUAAACAGGAGCAAAUUCGACUGAACAAAGUCUCAUAUUUUGGAUUAACGCAAGCCGAUGGAAAUGACGGACCGUUUCAGCUAGAAAUAGAUUAUGUUGGACUGAUGUUUGAUGAAAAUGACAAUGAAGAGUUUGCUUAUGAGAGUUAUGAAGUUACACCGUUUAUCGUUGGGACGUGACAGGAAGCCUUCCUAGGUGUGGACCUUUUUCAGAUGUACAGGAAAUUUACACCUAUAACAUUGUCUUCAAUGUGUGUUUAGUCUGUGAUUAUUAUAAGUGUUGCUUUUAUGUGAUUUUAGAAGUGAGUUACAUUUAGUAUUGCCAGACAUGUGGGAUAUGCAUGCAAAUACAUGUAGAUAUCUAUGAAUGCGCAUGCAUGUAUGCUUGGGGUUGAAAUGUUGUACUUAUGAAUUUUUCAGUUAUAUGACGACGAGGAGUCAUUAGAUGCAU